AUGGAUACUGAUACCGACAUAGAAGAGGGUAUCAACGAUCAAAGAGACAGGGCGUCAGCCGGAGACCGAGACUACCAACAACCGCUAGCGGCACCACUAAUCGAGGCGGCAGAACUAGCCAAAUGGUCGUUCUAUAGAGCUAUCAUAGCGGAAUUCGUUGCCACCGGUUUGUUUCUUUACAUUACAGUUUCAACCGUCAUUGGUUACAAGAGAUCACAAAAUGACUCCACCAAGAAUAUUCCCGGUUACUGUGGUGGCGUUGGCCUUCUUGGCCUUGCAUGGGCUUUCGGUGGCAUGAUAUUUGUCCUUGUUUACAACACCGCUGGCAUCUCCGGUGGACAUCUGAACCCUGCGGUGACGUUUGCCCUACUAUUGGCUAGGAAGGUGACUAUCCCAAGGGCCAUUAUGUACAUCUUGGCUCAAUGUUCAGGUGCAACAUGUGGGUGUUGGUUAGUCAAGGCUUUUGAAAAGACUUAUUAUAUGGUCAAUGGUGGUGGUGUUAAUGAGCUGCAACAUGGCUAUGGUCGACUCACCGCAUUAGGGGCCGAGAUUAUUGGCACUUUUAUCCUUGUGUACACAGUACUCUCCACCACCGACCCAAAGAGAAACGCUCGUGAUUCCCAUGUUCCUGUAUUGGCACCAUUGCCUAUUGGAUUUGCGGUUUUCAUGGUUCACUUAGCCACAAUCCCAAUAACCGGAACCGGAAUCAACCCAGCCCGGAGUUUUGGGCCAGCGGUGAUGUACAACGAGAAAGAAACAUGGAAUGAUCAUUGGCUUUUUUGGGCUGGACCGAUGAUCGGGGCAGCUGGAGCGGAAUUUUACUAUGAACACAUUUUACGAGCACAUUUAACGUUGUACCGCGACCACCAUCAUAUUACCCGACGUUGA